AUGGGACUGCUGGUGGCGGCUACCUCUGCUGUUGAGUUAGGGAAACUUCACUACCGGAAAUUGGAGGCAGCUAAAAUUGUAGCAUUGCGUCAUGCCCAUGGUGACUUUGAUCAAUUUAUGGAGAUUACGGAGGACAUGAAAUUGAAUCUUGACUGGUGGCUUAAUAUCGUGUCUGUACAGUAUAGGAAGAUUCUCCGGGCAGCUGCUGACGUUCAAUUAUUUACAGAUGCUUCCAAUACAGGUUGGGGUGGCCAAUUCCACCAUAUGACUGCCGGGGGCAGUUGGUCCUCCAAGGAGAAAUUGCUGCAUAUUAAUGCUUUAGAACUCAAGGCUAUUCUAUUUACUCUUCAAGCAUUCGCUGGUGAGCUCUGUGGGAAAAAUGUUAAAGUGUUUUGUGACAAUACUACUGCUGUUAACUACGUGAAUGAGAUGGGUGGUACAAAAUCACUUAUGUGUAACUAUCUUGCCACUUUGAUUUGGGACUGGUGUGUGAAGAAUCAGGCAUGGGUUAUUUGCUCACACAUUCCAGGCAGUGCGAAUAUUGUAGCAGAUUGUGCCUCUCGCACUUUUAAUGAUCGGCAUGAGUGGCAACUUGAUGUUGAUGUUUUUCGUAGAAUUUCUCUGGUUUUUGGUGCCCCUUCCAUUGACUUAUUUGCAUCCAGACUAAAUAAGCAAGUGGCUACAUUCUGUUCCUGGAAACUAGAUCCAGAGGCAACAUUUUUUGAUGCAUUUACUUUCAACUGGGCACAGUUUGAUCUCUCUUAUCUUUUUCCCUCAUUCUCUCUAAUUGCUAGGUGCCUCCAGAAGAUCCGUGCAGAACAGGCCAGAGGCUGGAUAGUGGUGCCCAUUUGGCCAUCUCAACCCUGGAUGGGAGCUCUUCUAGGGCUGUUGAUAGAUUAUCCCAGGCUCCUUCCAAGCAGGGCCGAUAUCCUGACACAUCCAUCUCAAGUCGGGGCACAUCCGGUCAUGCGAACACUCAGCUCAUGGCAUACUUAA